GCAGCCGUCAAUCAUGCACGUCGAACGUUCAAGAAUAGAAACGGCGCAGCCUUGGUCUCCUGUUGUCCUCGUCACAGCCUUGAUCUCGGUCUCACGCCGCGUGAGUUGUAUAAAGAGAAGCGAGAGGGACCCGUUUCUUUCUUUGCUUUCCCCUUUCCCUUGUCUCUUUGUCUUUCUUCACUGAGACGAUUGCACCUCGAGAUUAAGUUGAUUGAUCGACCAAUUACCCCACCACACAUCCAUCCAUCCAUCCAUCCAUCUCUCUCAGCCCAGCUGCCAUCGCCAUACCGCAUACAUACAUACAUACACGCCAAACGUCACAAAAACAAACAUCCCGCCAUGGCCGACAAAGACCGCAUCACCUGCCACGUCCUCGACACCUCCGUCGGUCGCCCCGCAAAGGGCAUCCGCGUGCGCCUCGAGGGCCCCGGCACCACCAGCAGCCACGGCAACGUCCUCAAGACGUUUGAGUCCCUCACCAACGACGACGGCCGCAUCACCGUCUGGCUGCCCUACAGCUCCGAGACGUCGUCGGGCGAGGUCCCCGUCUACACGCUCGAGGACGUGCUGGGCGCCAUCCGGGGCCCUUCGCGAUGGACGCUGCGCUUCGACACCGCCAGCUACUUUGGCGAGGACAAGACCUUCUUCCCGGAGGCGACGGUGGUGUUCCGCGUGGAGGAGGGCCAGCACUAUCAUGUGCCGUUGUUGUUGAGUCCGUAUAGCUACACUACUUAUCGGGGAAGCUAAAAAGGGAGGCAGGAUGGAGAGAGAAACUUGGAAGAUGGGCAGUGACAUUUGAG